AUUUCUUUUCCAAUCUUCUCUUCAUAUAAUUCUUUGCUUACAAAUUUUUUACAAGUACGUCCAAUAACAAAGUUGUGACAAACAAUCUAUUGAAGUAUAAUUGUUAUAUAAAUUCAUCUAGACAAUGUCUUUUAGAUUUUUCUAUCUUUAUCCUAGCAAAUCUAAACUCCAAGAUGGAGAGUGGGAAAAAGAAGGAUAAUCGAAAACUAUCUUAAUUAGUCUCUUUUCUACUAAAGUUUUCGACGUUUUGGAUUUUUGAGGUACCAACAAGCUUCAUAUCAACCAGCUAGCUCCAAGGCGACCCGGUGGUUUACAUCUUGGAAUCUUUACAAUAAGUCUCAAGUUCGAAUCCUGCUUGCUAGCUAUCUAGAUAGGAUGACGGAUAUGAUGAUAAUGCACACAACAGAAUCAACAAAACAAAAUAAUUCCGAAACGACGACAGAAGUAGAGUUUGUUCAAUGCGAUUGUUGUGGAUUGACAGAAGAAUGCACUCCCGCAUAUAUCCAAAGAAUUCGUGAAAGAUAUCAAGGAAAAUGGGUAUGCGGAUUAUGUGGCGAGGCUGUCCAAGACGAAAUUCUAAGGAGCCAGAGGCUGAUCAGCACAGACGAGGCUGUGGCGCGCCACGUGGCGUUCUGUAGAUCGCCAAGCUCGUCAUUAGGCCAAGUGUCGGCAGCUGCUGAUCCGACAGUUAAGCUUAUAUCAGCUAUGAGACAGAUUCUAAGGCGAAGUUUGGAUUCAUCAUCACCGGGUUUUGUUAGGUCUACGCCUUGUAGUCCGAUGAGAAAAAAAGACGAUGUCUGUAGUAGUGCUGCUGCUGGACUAACACGAUCCGAGAGCUGUAUUCCCAAAAUAAGGCUUGUUGUUGAUGAUUCAUGUUCGUAUAUUAAUAAUGGGCUGGAAGAAGAAGAUGAUGAUGAUGAUGAUGAAUUACGUACUUAACUAGCUAGCUAAUUAAUAUCACAAAAAAUAUAAUUAACCUUUUGGUCUAGCUAGCGGUGUUGGAUCAUCAACUACAUGGACGUGUGAUAUAUUUGCCGUUAAAGAUGAAAAAGACGUACAAGAGAAAUUAGUUUGGUUACACACUCUAAAUCUAAUUAAAUAUUUUCUCAGAUUUUCUCGAUAACAUUUUGAGGCCGUGAUUAGUGGAUAUCAUCAUUAAAGCUAGCUAAAUGAAUGUUUAUGGAUGGGUACGUACGUUGCUUUUUGGAAGUAAAUGGCUAUAAUCUUUGGUCAAUGAAGUAAAUACGAAACCAUUUGUAUCUUGUUACUUAACGCUUUUUGGAAGUAAAUGGCUAUAAUCACUGUUUUCUUGUCAGUAUUUGAAAUAUCUAAAUUACCAUUCUUUUUAUUAA